UAAAACAUAAAUUACCUCCUAUCCCUACUCUUUUUAAAUUUACAAAAAAUCCCUUAUUUUUAAUAAGUUUCUGAUACAUAAUAAAACACUUAGAUACAUUAUACUGUAUUCCAUUUUAUCCGUUUGUUGAGUAAUUUUGGGGAUCCGUUUGUUGAGUAAUUAGGGGGAUUAAAAACAGAAAUUUGAAUUAAUGCCUACUUUUUAUGUGCCACGGUUAUUAUUCCUUUAAAUAAAGGCAUUAACUUGUUUUUUAAAAGCAGUUAUAUUCCCUUAAAAUUUGUCAUUAGUCAUCUUCUCUUCUUUUAUGCAGUAACGAAAUUUUUAAUUUUGAUUAGUGAUCUUCCAUUUUUUUUGGCAGAAACCAUAUUCAAAUUUUCGUUGAAGGUAAUUUUGUAUCCGGUUUCGUAAUGAAUAUUACGAUAUUGCUAAGGCAUUCAGGAAUAUGGGAGAGUGAGGUUAAAUACAAUCAGUACAAAAGUGAUGGGAUAGUGGUUGGAGAAAAUAUUUCAUAUAUGAAUCUAAUCUCAGCAAUUGCUACUGAAUUAAAUAUUGAUGAAUUGAAAAAAAAUAUUAUUAUCCGAUAUAUUGUAGAGGGCAAUUCUUCUCCGAUGAUAAUUAGGAAUGAUAUGGGUGUGAAGCUGUUUAUAGAAAUAAAGAAGCAAGAGGUUGGAUUCAGUAUGUAUCCGCUUUGCAUCGAUACAAAUGAUAAAAGUACAGAGGAGUUACAAAUUUUUGAUUCAAGCAGUGGUGCAAUUAUGUGUAUUGAAGGUGGACAAAGAGACGCUAAUGCUCUAAACGUUGUUGAAUCAAACAUUGGUGAUUCUUGUUACAUACCCGAGAUGGAGAAAGAAAAUUAUAUAUCGGAUACAAAUAUAUCAAAUGUGGAGACGAAACAAUUGUACAAGGAUAAAGCAACUCUUGUGGCUGUAAUGAUGAAAUACAAAAUUAAAACUAGCUUCAAUUUUAGAGUCAAACGGUCAGAUACAAAAAGCUAUGUUUUAGAGUGUUAUUCGGAGAAUUGUUGUUGGAAAUUAAAGGCGUCUGUUAGGAAAAACACUGAUAUAUUCAAAGUAAGAUACUUCAACAGUGAGCAUACAUGUCCAUUAAGGGAUAGGGUAUUAAGUAAAGUACAAGCUACUGUUGGAUUUAUUGGUGCUUUUACAGCUCCAAAAUUGGUAAAUCAUAAGCGAAAACAUACUCCAAAUGAUAUAAUUGAUGAUGUUAGGGAAAUGUAUGGUGUUGAGAUUUCUUACCAGCAAGCAUGGCGUGCUAAAGAACGUGCACUAGAGUUGAUAAGGGGCAAUCCUGCAGAUGCAUAUAAAAAUAUGCCAAGAUACAUACAUAUGUUGGGAACGGUGUAUCCAAAUUCUUAUAUACGGAUGCACAAAUCAGAAAAAAAUGAAUUUAUGUAUCUAUUCAUUGCUUUAAGGCCUUUGAUGAGAGGGUUUGAGUUCUGUAGGCCUGUUGUUGUUGUUGAUGGUUCACAUCUUAGUGGAGCUUACAAAGGGACGUUUGUAUCCGCAAGUACUCUUGAUGGGGCAGGUUGCAUAUUACCAUUAGCUUACGGGAUCGUCGAUACGGAAAAUGAUUGUUCAUGGACAUGGUUCUUCACACAGUUCAAAAAUGCAUUUGGUGAGAGAGAAAAAAUGUGUGUUGUUUCUGAUAGAAACGAAAGCAUAAUUAAGAGUGUUAGUAUAGUUUAUCCAAAUGUUCCACAUUUUGCAUGCAUAUGGCACUUGUGGAAAAAUGUUUGUACAUACUACAAGAGAAGUAAAAACACUCUAAGUGAUCUGUUUUAUUCGAUGGCUAAGGCUUAUCGGAAAAAGGAUUUUGAAAAAUUGAUGGCUAAAGUGGAAAAAGUAGAUGGCAGAGUUAAAAAGUAUCUUGAAGAGGCUGGCUAUGAAAGGUGGUCUAGAUCUCAUGCAACCGUGAAUAGGGGUAGAAUGAUGACAUCUAACAUUGCGGAAUGUAUCAAUGGUUGUCUUGUUGAUGCACGGCAAUUACCUGUUUUGGACUUUUUGGAAGAAGCCAGAAUUCUAUUUGGUUCUUGGAACUGCAAAAAUAGAGAAAUAGCAUCUUAUACAAAGAAAACAUUAGGGAGGAAAUUUGAAGAGAUAUUGAUUAUAAAUGCGUCCAAAUGUUCGAAAAUGAAGGUUGUUGCAUCUUCAGAAUUCAUUUUUUCAGUUUAUGAAGGUGGUAUAAGAUACAUCGUUUGCCUUGAGAGAAAGAAAUGUUCUUGUGGUAGAUUUCAGCAUGAUGAAAUACCUUGUGCGCAUGCAAUGGCUGUUCUGAAGAAGAAGAAUAUCAAAGAUGUACACCCAUACUGUUCUGAUUACUAUAAACCUGAUGCAUUAGCAAACACCUAUGCAGUUCCAAUGGAACCAAUGCCGGACAAAAGUGAUUGGAUAGUUCCGGAAAGUGUUUUGGAAGAAGUUGUAUUGCCACCAAGAUACAAAAAAAUGCCUGGUAGACCAAGAAAAAAAAGAAAGAAAAAUGCAGAUGAAAAGCUAAGCGGAAACACAAAUUGUUGUGGACGAUGUGGACAAGAAGGUCACAAUAGAAGAACAUGUACUUUCUUUCCAAAAGAUUCAUAAUGAUUAUGAUUUGAGUUCCUUAAAUAAAUGUAAUAGUGUAGCAUUUGGUUCCACUGUUAC